AUGAAAACCCUCACGUUGCCGGCAUCCGUCCUCUUCUGCUUCCUUAUACUGAUCCAGGGAUUGGAAGCAGCGCCCCCCGGGCGCUCCGAUGCUUAUCCUCCUCCCCUCGGCUCUGAGCUUAAAGAGCAGGUAGCUGAGGACGCAGUGUCCCGGCCAAAGGAUGACAGCGUCCCAGAGGUCCGAGCCGCUCGGAAUUCCGAGCCUCAGGACCAGGGAGAGCUCUUCCAGGGCGUGGAUCCCCGGGCGCUGGCCGCGGUACUGUUGCAGGCACUGGACCGUCCGGCCUCGCCCCCGGCGGUCCCAGGAGGUUCCCAGCAGGGAACACCCGAGGAAGCAGCAGAAGCUCUGUUGACGGAGUCCGUGCGCAGUCAGACCCACAGCCUCCCGGCACCAGAGAUCCAAGUGCCCGCUGCAGCCCCCCCUCGCCCUCAGACUCAGGACAACGAUCCCGAGGCCGAUGACCGCUCAGAAGAGCUGGAGGCGCUAGCAUCCUUGCUCCAAGAACUUCGAGAUUUCAGUCCGAGCAAUGCUAAGCGCCAGCAAGAGACGACCGCAGCAGAGACGGAAACCCGCACGCACACGCUGACCCGAGUCAAUCUGGAGAGCCCCGGGCCAGAGCGCGUAUGGCGCGCUUCCUGGGGAGAGUUCCAGGCGCGCGUCCCGGAGCGCGCUCCUCUGUCACCCCCGGUCCCUUCGCAAUUCCAGGCUCGAAUGCCCGAAAGUGCUCCCCUUCCCGAAACCCAUCAGUUCGGGGAAGGGGUGGCCUCCCCUAAAACACAUCUAGGUGAGACUUUGACACCCUUAUCUAAGGCGUACCAAAGCCUAGGUGGCCCCUUCCCCAAGGUGCGCCGGCUCGAGGGCUCACUCUUGGGCGGCUCAGAGGCUGGAGAGCGCCUGCUUCAGCAAGGGCUGGCUCAGGUAGAGGCAGGGAGGAGACAGGCGGAGGCCACCCGGCAAGCCGCAGCGCAAGAAGAGCGGCUGGCCGACCUCGCCUCCGACCUGCUGCUCCAGUAUCUGCUGCAGGGCGGAGCCCGGCAGCGCGAUCUCGGGGGUCGCGGGCUGCAGGAGACGCAGCAAGAGCGGGAGAGCGAGAGGGAGGAGGAGGCGGAGCAGGAGAGACGCGAUGGUGGGGAGGACGAGCUGGAGGAAGAGGAUGAGGAGGCGGCGGAGGCGGAGGCAGAGGCAGAGGAGGCGGAGAGGGCGCGGCAGAACUCGCUCCUGUUCGCCGAGGAGGAGGACGGGGAAGCCGGAGCCGAGGACAAACGCUCCCAGGAGGAGGCGCCAGGCCAUCGGCGGAAGGAUGUAGAGGGGGCAGAGGAGGGAGGGGAAGAGGACGACGACGACGAGGAGAUGGAUCCGCAGACGAUCGAUAGCCUCAUUGAACUGUCCACCAAACUCCACCUGCCAGCCGACGAUGUGGUCAGCAUCAUCGAAGAGGUGGAGGAAAAACGGAAGCGGAAGAAGAACGCCCCUCCCGAGCCGGUGCCGCCCCCCCGGGCCGCCCCAGCCCCCACUCAUGUCCGCUCCCCACCGCCCCCACCUCCCGCCCCGGCCCGGGAUGAGUUGCCAGACUGGAACGAAGUGCUCCCACCCUGGGAUCGGGAGGAGAAUGAGGUGUAUCCCCCGGGGCCCUAUCACCCCUUCCCCAACUACAUUCGGCCGCGGACACUGCAGCCACCCGCAUCCUCCCGCCGCCGUCACUUCCACCACGCGUUGCCACCUGCGCGCCACCAUCCCGACCUGGAGGCCCAGGCCAGGCGCGCGCAGGAGGAGGCGGACGCGGAGGAGCGCCGGCUGCAGGAGCAGGAGGAGCUGGAGAAUUACAUCGAGCACGUGCUGCUGCGCCGCCCGUGA